AUGGACAAGCUUCCUAGCGCCGAAGAGAUGCGAGCAUUACUGACGACUCAUACAUCUCUCUUCACUCUCGACCAUGAUUCCUGCUCUCUUGUUCGCCAUCGCACAAUCUGUCCUAUCGACACGCAUCUCGCAAUCAACCGCACAUCGCAUCGUCUACGCCAUCCCAACCUUUCAUCUGGCACCUAUCUUCCCAAAACGUCUCACCGCCUCCUCCCACCCACCGCUUCGAACCACACAGAGACGCUCUCGCAACGCGAAGAGAAGGUCCGCGAGUCAUGGGUCCGCACCAUGGAAGCACGAAUCGUUCGCGAAGAGCUGCAAAAGUGUCACAAGGCCGAAGGCGUCAACCACUACCAGGCUUGCAGCGAUCUGGCCAAAAAGUACCACUCGCUCUUGGCCGAUGCAAAGAUCAACGACUGA